AGUCUUGUACAGGUGUACUGGCUCCUCCCCUUCAGUCUUGUACAGGUGUACUGGCUCCUCCCCUUCAGUCUUGCACAGUGUACCAGCUCCUCCCCUUCAGUCUUGCACAGGUGUACCGGCUCCUCCCCUUCAGUCUUGCACAGUGUACCAGCUCCUCCCCUUCAGUCUUGCACAGGUGUACCGGCUCCUCCCCUUCAGUCUUGCACAGGUGUACUGCUCCUCCCCUUCAGUCUUGCACAGGUGUACUGGCUCCUCCCCUUCAGUCUUGCACAGGUGUACCACUCCUCCCCUUCAGUCUUGCACAGGUGUACUAGCUCCUCCCCUUCAGUCUUGCACAGGUGUACCAGCUCCUCCCCUUCAGUCUUGCACAGGUGUACCGGCUCCUCCCCUUCAGUCUUGCACAGGUGUACCGGCUCCUCCCCUUCAGUCUUGCACAGGUGUACCAGCUCCUCCCCUUCAGUCUUGCACAGGUGUAACGGCUCCUCCCCUUCAGUCUUUCACAGGUGUACCGGCUCCUCCCUUUCAGUCUUGCACAGGUGUACCGGCUCCUCCCCUGCAGUC